AUGGAAAUUAUUAAAGGUAGUUUAGAUGACAUAUCCCGACCCGCAUCGAGGGAACAGACUCGGAGCCGCGGGUCCAGCCUGUCCUCGCUUCUUAGUGACAGAGUUUGUCCCCCAGCCCCGUUUGAGCUGGUUGUUUUGACCACCGAGGCAUCAAAUAUCCAGUCUCACUCGGUGAUUUCUGAGGAUGAGAAUGGGGCUGCCGAGUUACAGAGAGCCUUUGAGGAAAUGAGACGACUUGAUGAGAUUCUGAAUGCAAAAAUGUGCAAGGAAAAAGAAAUCCAGCGUCAAAGGAGAGACCUUCAAGCAAAACUCUGGCAAGAUCUCAAGCUAUUCUUGGCUUUGGAGGCACUCACUGGAGAAAAAGAAGAGGAGAAGGACUUCACCUCUGUGUUUGAAACACAAGUUCCUUAUCGUGAACAAGCUGGAGACGACCAAUGUUGGGAGCAAAAAGAAAAGAGGCCUGUGAGUGUGACUGAAUCAUUUGAGGUAAGUGUUGAAGAUGUUGGGGACAAACAAUUUAAAAGCAGCCAAUGUGUCACUUCAAAAAGCAAGAAUAUGCCAAAGGACUUCAUCAAAAGAAACAUUGAGUCAGUAAGUUGUGAGGAGGGUCAAGUGUUUUUGACCUAUGUAGAGAAAGAGCGUCUGGCUGAGCUCCUUCGAGAAAUAGAUGAAGAGGAAGAUGGCGGUGCCAGAGGGGAAGAUGACAAGGAGGCCAUGAGAGUUGUGUCAGCCCUGACAGCCCAUGGUUACACCCCAGAACCGGCUGAUCUCGAGCAGCUGAUGGAGAUUGACUCCAAAAUUCGUCUUCUCAUUCCCAUCGAAGAAUUUCACUCUGUGCAAAGCUCUUACACAAACAUAAGCAUGUCUCAGGUAUGUAUCCAAAAGUCCAUGUGGUGA